AUGACAAAAGUAAGGUUGAGCAAGACUAAUAAUAAAUGGAAGAGAUCGUUAUGGAUUCUAGCGGCCAUCACCCUCGUGUCCAUAAGUUUAUACACAUUCUUUCCCCAAUCAAAGGGUAAUGACCUCCAAUAUACCUUACGAAACUUGCCCAAUGAAAUAACUAAUGCUGUAACAAUUAACAACCAACAGCAGAAAAUAUUAGGUUCAGAGGAAAUCAUCAGAAAAUUCGAGACAUUAAUUGAAGAAUUAAACCAAGAAAAUGAAAGACAAGCUAAAAAAUUUGAAAAACAGCACAAAACGUUAGAAAAGAAAAUCAAUUUAUUGAAACCAAUCUCAAAAGACUCCCCUUUAUCGGCCCGAUUAGCUACCAGAUUCCCAUAUAAACCGAAAUCGAAAUUUCCCGCAUUCAUUUGGCAAACUUCUUCUGCAUCAAUGGCAUCGUCAUCAACACCGUCUAAAAAUUCACAAAAAUGGAUUGAUAAAAACCCAGGAUUCGUUUAUGAAAUAGUAAACCCCUCUUUUGCAGAGAAAUUAAUAAAAUAUUAUUUCAAUAAUAUGCCAGAAAUUUGGGAAACCUACAUGAAAUUUCCAAAGGGAUCAUCGAACCAAAUGAAUUUUGUCAAAUAUCUAGUCCUUUUAGUUCAUGGAGGCACAUACUGUGAUAAAGAUACCAUCCCGCAACAACCAAUACCCAAUUGGAUCCCUGAAGCAACAAACCCAAAAGAUAUCGGAUUACUCAUAUCAAUUCGAGAUGAAUCUUUAAAUUUGAAUGAUAAUGAUCCUAUCAGGAAAUUACAAUUCGAGAAUUCAAUUGUUCAUGCGAAACAACAUCAUCCAAUAAUUAGAGAUAUCAUUAUCAAUAUUGUAUAUUCUACUUUAAAUAAAGAAAACAAUAGUAAGAGCCAUACUCCCCGUUUCAAUACACACUGGGAGGAAUUGGGUCUUUGGACAGACGUGAUAUUUAAAUAUUUUAACCACCAUUUGAAGAAAAUUAGUGGGACUACUGAUCAAGUUAUUAGUUGGCAAUCUUUGAAGAGUUUGAAAACACCAAGACUGAUUGGUGAUAUUUUGAUUUAUCCGGCGAUUAGUUUUAAUUCUCCAACAGAUUCUAAUGAUAGAGAUCCAUUAUAUUUAGCAUCUCAUGCAAUCACUAAAAGACAACUACUUCAAGACAGUCAUCACUAA